AUGGCUCCUCCUCCAGCGACAGCGACGGCGCACAUGGCCACAACAACGCUCAAAGUCGAGGGCAUGACAUGCGGCGCAUGCACCUCUGCAAUCGAGUCGGGUUUCCAGGGCGUGAAGGGAGUAGGAAAUGUGUCAAUAAGCUUAGUGAUGGAACGCGCCGUGAUCCAGCAUGAUCCCGAGGUCAUCACCGCCGAGGAAGUCAGGGAGAUCAUCGACGACAGGGGGUUUGACGCAGAAGUGCUCUCGUCGGAUCUACCAAUGUCACAUAGUGCCGAUGAUCAUUUCUUGAGCGAUUCCGAAGACGAAGAGGAGGAGACAAAUGGAAGUAUUUCCACUACUACACUCUCGGUUGGCGGAAUGACAUGCGGAGCAUGUACAUCUGCCGUGGAAGGCGCUUUCAAGGACGUAGCUGGACUCAAAUCUUUCAGCAUAUCACUUCUUUCCGAGCGCGCUGUUAUCGAACACGACCCCACGAUUAUAUCACCAGAGAAGCUGGCUGAAACAAUAGAAGAUGUUGGCUUUGACGCGCAGGUGCUGGAUACCGUGGCCGCGACACCAGCACCAAAGAAGAGCAGGAGUCGGAGACAGCAGAAGACGAUGACUACGACUGUUGCUGUUGAGGGUAUGACAUGUGGUGCAUGCACAUCAGCCAUCGAAGGCGGGUUCAAGGACGUUGAAGGUUUAUACCAGUUCAACAUCAGUUUGCUCGCCAACCGUGCCGUAAUAGUACACGAUCCCUCCAAGCUCACCGAAGAGCAGAUAGUAGAGAUCAUCGAGGACCGUGGAUUCGACGCCAAGGUCUUGUCAUCUGUCGAUGGUAGCAUGCAGCAGUCAUCAGGAACCAACGCACCUGUACAACUCAAGAUCUAUGGAAUGCCCAACUCUGGCGCUGCUCAAGAACUCGAAGGGUUACUGCGAAAACGAUCUGGAAUUACCUCCGCAACCGUCAACUUCGGCACAUCAAGAGCCACGAUUCAACGCGAGCCCCAAAUGAUUGGUCUACGAGCGAUCGUGGAGGCUGUAGAAGCAGCUGGGUACAAUGCGCUAGUUGCUGACUCUGAAGACAACGACGCCCAACUGGAGUCUCUUGCAAAGACCAAAGAAAUCCAUGAAUGGAGAAGGGCUGUAGUGUUCUCUGCAUGGUUCGCGGUUCCCGUGUUCUUGACAAGCAUGUUCAUCCCCAUGUUCCUGCCAUUCAUCAACUACGGCGGUAUUCGUCUCAUCCCCGGCCUAUAUCUUGGCGACGUCAUUUGUCUGGUCCUCACGAUUCCAGUUCAGUUUGGCAUUGGAAAGCGUUUCUAUGUGUCUGCAUACAAAUCUUUGAGCCACGGUUCCCCUACGAUGGACGUUCUCGUGGUGCUUGGUACCUCGUCUGCCUUUUUCUUCAGUAUCCUCUCGAUGCUGGUAUCGCUUUUGAUCCCCCCACACACCAAGCCCACAACACUCUUCGACACCAGCACUAUGCUGUUCACGUUUAUCAGCUUGGGUCGUUACCUCGAGAACAAGGCGAAGGGUCAAACUUCGAAGGCACUUUCCAACCUCAUGUCGCUAGCUCCGUCUAUGACCACCAUUUAUGUGGAUCCCAUCGCCGCCACGAAAGCUGCCGAGGACUGGGAUAUUGAGGAAGAGAAAAUGGACCGCAAAUCUACUGAUGGCAAUGCUGUUGAACAGAGAGUCAUUGCUACUGAGCUCAUCGAAGUUGGUGACGUGGUCAUCCUUCGCCCGGGAGACAAGCUUCCUGCUGAUGGCACAGUAACCCGUGGCGAAUCGUAUCUUGACGAGAGCAUGGUCACUGGUGAAGCUAUGCCAAUUCUUAAGAAGAAAGGUGCACUGGUCAUGGCGGGUACUGUCAACGGCAACGGGCGUCUGGAGUUUCUUGUUACUCGUGCCGGCCGUGACACUCAGCUGAGCCAGAUCGUCCGCCUUGUUCAGGAAGCCCAGACAAACCGUGCCCCGAUUCAACGUCUUGCAGACACUGUUGCUGGUUACUUCGUCCCCAUCAUUAUCACUCUCGGUCUCGCAACCUUUUUUGGAUGGAUGGUACUCAGCCAUGUCCUACCCUACCCACCCAAAGUCUUCCUUGAUCACGCUAGUGGCGGCAAGUUCAUGGUUUGCAUCAAACUCUGUAUUGCCGUCAUCGUCUUCGCCUGCCCAUGUGCCCUGGGUCUUGCGACACCCACCGCUGUUAUGGUUGGCACUGGUGUUGGAGCUGAGCAGGGCAUUCUCGUCAAGGGUGGUGCUGCUCUCGAGACUGCCACCAAAAUCAACCAUGUCAUUUUUGACAAGACUGGCACGCUCACUGUCGGCAAGAUGAGUGUGUCUCAGGCCGAUAUUCAGGGGGGUUGGGCAAGUACUGAGAAAAAGAACCUCUGGUGGACGCUUAUUGGACUUGCGGAAAUGGGCUCGGAGCAUCCCAUCGCUAAGGCUAUCGUUCUUUCCGCGAAGGAACAUCUCCGUCUUGGACCCGACGGUAGCCUAGACGGCUCCGUUGGAGACUUUGAAGCUGUCGUUGGUAAAGGUAUUACUGCAACGGUCGAAGCAGCCAUCUCUCGCGAGCGCACCCGCUACAAGGUUCUCAUUGGUAACACAGCCUUCCUCACGUCCGAGGGUGUCAACGUUCCCGACUUUGUAGAAGAACCUCUGACACCUGCUGCGAACGCCAACCCUCGAGGCGGACCUCAUAACCGAUCUGCUGGUAUCACCACGAUUCACACCGCCAUCGGCAACACCUACACUGGCACACUAAGCUUGUCUGACACUAUCAAGCCUUCGGCCCGCGCUACAGUUCUCGCCCUGUCUCGCCUAGGUAUAUCUUCCUCCAUCGUUACUGGUGAUACAUCCGCUUCCGCCCUUGUUGUCGCAGCGGCGGUUGGCAUCGACGCUUCAAACGUCCACGCUUCGUCCACGCCCGCAGAUAAGAAAGCUAUCGUAGAGGACCUCCAGUCUCGUGGUAAAGUCAUUGGCAUGGUUGGCGACGGUAUCAACGACUCUCCCGCACUCGCUGCUGCCGACAUCGGCAUUGCUCUUUCUACUGGCACAGACGUCGCUAUGGAAGCUGCCUCUAUCGUCCUGAUGACCAACACCGACCUUCUCGCUAUCCCGGCUUCGCUAGUCCUCAGCCGCGCUAUCUUCUUCCGCAUCAAGCUGAACCUGGCGUGGGCGUGCAUGUACAACUUCACUGGUCUUCCUUUCGCAAUGGGCUUCUUCCUACCCUGGGGUCUUUCAUUACACCCAAUGGCCGCUGGUGCGGCGAUGGCAUGCUCAUCCGUUAGCGUCGUUGUUAGCUCUCUACAUCUCAAGUUCUGGAGCAGACCUAGCUGGAUGAAGGUCAGUGUACUAGAUCCAGGUGCGCCGAUCGAUGAGAAGGAAGCGGAGAUGGAGAAGCAGAGUGAAGUCGGCGUGUUCUCCACUCUCAAAGACUGGGUUAGUGAUGCAUGGGCUGCGAGGAAGAGGAACAAGGAGGAGACAAGCUACAUGCCGUUGAGGGAUAUGGGAGAGCAGUAG